CCUUGGCGCAAAGUGUAAAUAUGGAUGGCCACUCAAACACUUAUCAACUGAAACAGAACGCUAUCAAGAAAAUUGAGAGCCAAAGCUUUUGAACUGCGAAACUAGUGAGGAAAAAUUAAAAAAAGAAAUGGCUUUUAGUGUUGGGUUUCGUUUGAAUCUUCUGGGAAAGCCUCAAUCUUCUUUAAUUCCUUCAGUUUCUUCAUUUUCUGCUAAGAAUGUUGUUUUUGACCGAAUGAAGAAAUUCCACAGCUCCAUUGCACUAACAAGAGCAUCAUCUGAAGGACUACCCAGUGAACUAGACGAGGAUUCGAAGUUUGUUCCGUUGAAUGCUGAUGAUCCCACAUAUGGUCCACCUGCUUUAUUGUUGCUCGGAUUUGACGUCAGUGAGGCUGAGAAGAUACGACUGUUCUUGAAAGAAUUGGAUGGUGAAUUCUUAGAGAUUAUUUACUGUACUGAAGACAUGAUUAAUGGUUCACUUUGGGAGGCCGUGAAUACUAGGCAGCCUAAUUUGGAACAAGUGAAGAUUGCAAAAUCACUGCCAAGGAUCUGUAUUUUCUCUGGUCUUAGUGGUGAGGAGAUGAUGAUGUUCAUCGAUGCUUUCCCCGAGACUGGAUUACAGCCAGCUGUAUUUGCUGCUCUUGUUCCCAACAGUGCUGAUAAAUCUGUUGCUGAGUUGAUAGAUGAAAUUAUGGGAGACCAUGAGAUGCUGGCUGCACAACGAUCAGGUUCCGCAUAACAUGUACACUACCCCAACUGCAGUGGUGUUUUUCAGGGAUUUAAAUCCACUCCCCUGAUGCCGAGACAAAGCAGAGCAAACCAGCUACUUAAGUGCUGCAAUAUUGGCUGUAAUCUGAUGAUCAAACUCCAGUAGUUCACGGUUCUAAUAUUAAAUAAUGGAAACUCAUCUCA